AUGGUCGAAAUAAAAAUGGUCCUCACCUUGACUCGGUCCCUCUCUGCUCUGCGCGACGAACUUAUAGUACUAAUCCAGUCAACUCGUCUAGUGGCACUUGUCGUUGAUCUUUUUGGUACCGAUGCCUUUGAUGUGGCCAAUGAACUCCACGUGUCCCCUUACAUAUUUUUCACUACUGCAGCCUUGAGUUUGUCGCUUAUAUUUCAUUUUCCACACCUUCACGAGACCACUACUUGUGAGUAUAGGGACUUGCCUGAACCGAUCCAACUUCCGGGUUGUGUUCCCCUUCACGGUCGGGAUCUUACGGACCCGGUUCAAGACCGGUCCAAUGAGGCCUAUAAAGUGAUGGUUCGGAUGUGCAAGAAGCAUAGGUCGGCUGCUGGGAUUAUGGUCAAUAGCUUUGUAGACUUGGAACCGGGUGCUUUCAAGGCUUUCAAGGAACAAGGACAAGGUCUUCCACCGGUUUACCCUGUUGGACCAGUGAUAAAAAUGGGUUCAGUAGAUGGGUUUGAAGGGAAUGAGUGUAUGAAGUGGCUUGAUAAGCAACCCAAUGAGUCAGUGUUGUUUGUUUCAUUUGGGAGUGGGGGAACUUUCUCACAAGAGCAAAUGACUGAAUUAGCCUUGGGACUUGAAUUGAGUGGGCAGAGGUUUAUUUGGGUUGUUAAGAGCCCAAAUGAGACAGCUAAAAAUGCAAAUUAUUUUAGUGUCCAAGGCAGUGAGGACCCUCUUGGGUUCUUACCGAAUGGGUUUCUGGAUAGGACCAAGGAGGUAGGUCUAGUGGUCCCAUCUUGGGCCCCACAAGUCCAAGUGCUGAGUCACAGGGCAACGGGUGGGUUUUUGACUCACUGUGGAUGGAACUCAACAUUGGAGAGCAUUGUGCAUGGUGUGCCCUUGAUUGCUUGGCCACUCUAUGCAGAGCAAAGGACGAAUAGGGCGCUCCUUGUUGAUGGUUUGAAGGUUGCUGUGGUUGUUAAAUGUAAUGAUAAGGGGAUAGUGGAGAGCCAAGAUAUUGCUAAGUAUGUUAGGGGCCUAAUUGAAGGUGAUGAAGGGAAAUUGCUAAGGAACAACAUGAAAGGGUAUAAAGAGGCAGCCAAAUUGGCUUUAAGUCAAGAAGGGUCUUCAACCAAGUCACUUGCUGAGGUGGCUCAGGUAUGGAAGAGCCUCAACACCUAA